UCUCCCCCGCCGAGGAAGACGCACACCACCACCGAGGGCGACGAGCGACGGGGGCGAGCGCAGGGAGGGGACAAAAACAAAAAUAAAAAUAAAGGGAGAAUUAAUAAAAAAAUCUAAACAGCAGUAACGGAGAAAAGGGUAACGGGAAAUACCCUAGGCCGCGAUCUCGGCGGUGCGGCGCGUCGGCGAUCGGCGGGGGUCGCCCCGCCGCCGCCGCCGGCGUGAGGUAGAUGCUGGGGCGGCGCGGGGGCAUGGGGUACGAGGAGGGGGAGCUCGAGCUGGAGGAGGGCGAGGCGGCCCUCGGCGGCGCGGACGGGUACGGCAACGGCGAGCUCGUUGAUCCCGACGCGCUCACCUACAUCGAUAAAAAGAUUCAAAAUUGUUGGGCCAUUUCUGUAAGAAAUUUGAAGGCGCAAUAACUCCGGAGAAUUUGGGUUCGCUAUAUGGGGGCCAUGGUUCAUUCUUGCCAGCACACCCACAUUCCCCUUUGGCCUUUCCUCAAUGUAGGAUUCCUGCAGAUCCACCAAACCAUAGCAGUGCCUCUAGAUCACCAUAUUUGCCAACAGAGACUGCGCAAAAGAACCAUUUUAUUAAGACCGAAUUAGACAGCAGCAGGAAAAAUGACUACUAUCAAAUAUCCGAUGAAUGCAAUGGUAGUCUCUCACAGCAGAUGUUAAAUGGAGCAGUCAGUGGUUCUGAGCAGAAAGCACUGAAAAUACGUAUCAAGGUGAAUAACAAUGGAAGUUUGGCAAGAAAUACUGCUGCUAUAUACAGUGGCUUGGGCCUUGACAUUUCCCCGUCAUCAUCCACGGAAGACAACCUAGAUGGGACUGAUGGGGCUCCGGUGCCUGAAGUUUUGCCUGAUGAAUCUCCGCAUACCAUUUUUGAGAUAAUGACCUGCCAUUUUAUUCCUGGAGGACACUUGCUCUCACCCCUCACAGGAAAUGUUCUAGAACUGAGACAAAAGCCAAAAGCUAUGGUAAAACACGAAGCACCAGAAUUUCAUGAUGAUAAAGCAGAAUUGCAUAGAGAUCGGGGCCAUACAACCUCUGCUACGCCGGAUAUCAAUGAUAAGAGUGGCAAGGAAAUCAAGUCUGAUGAAAAGAAAGACAGGGUUCCCAAUUUCAAGAGUUCAAAAUGCAGAGUUAACAAACCAUCUGCUGUGAAUAAGGGAACUAAGCCUCAGUUACAGUAUGUUUCACAUGAUACUGCUUCAAACUUCUUACCUACAAUCAUAAAGACACAACAUUCAGUCGAGGAGUCUGAAAAUUUUACGGGUGAGAUUUCAUCAGAUCAAAUGCAGGGAUUAAAAAAGGGUCCAUUAAAAGGACACAUUAGUGACCAGAACAAAGACAGUAAGAAAAAACCUUCACUUGAUCAUGGAUUUUCAUGUAAAAUCAGUUAUGAUUCUGAAGAGUACAACAAUCAACCUUCUACCAGUUCUAGUCACCUUAAAGACAUUCCUAGCAAAACUUCGUUGCUGGAGAGGGACAAAGAAAAAGUAGUGCAUAUAAAAGAGGAACUAUCUCAGUACAAAAGCAAGGAAAUCGGAAGACUCUUUAGUGCAGAAUCCAUGAAUAUCAUGACAGGAAAUGUUCAUAGAAAUUCUUCAGGACUAAUAAAAGGGAAGAAGAAGAUUAAGUUCAAGGCACAGAAACAAUUGAAUGAAGACAGAGACAGAAAAUCUUGUGGUGAAGAUGAGGCUUAUGCUUUAGGCCAUAGAAUUGAUUUGGCUAAUUCAUAUCCAGAAGAUAAGAGUGUGAAGAUUGAGAAAAAGACCAUUUCAUCUGGGGAGACUGGCAACCAGGCAGAAGUUGGAAAUGGUGGUGACCUCAAGAUCUAUCCCUUGUUUGAUAACAAAUCAGAUCCUUUGCCAUUAGUAUGUAGGAAUGGGACUACAGAAUCAUCCACAGCCCUGACUACUCCAGCACCUAUUGUAAUAAAUGAACAAUGGGUGUGCUGUGACAAGUGCGAGAAUUGGCGCCUUUUACCCUAUGGGAUGAAUCCAGAUAUACUUCCCAAAAAAUGGCGGUGUAGCAUGCAGAGUUGGCUGCCUGGAAUGAAUAGCUGCAAAAUAACUGAAGAUGAGACCACAAGAGCCCUUCGUGCUCUUUAUAUGGUUCCUGCACCUGAAAAUAACAUUAAGGAUGGUGGCCAUGUUAAUGCAACGUCAGGCAUAGGCGCAGCUACUGCUUCAACUUUGAAGGGAAAUAUGCAGUCCAUCAGUACAUCAGGGAAGUUGAAAGGUUCCCAUGAUGGAGCCAAUGUGGCAAAUACUUCUGACUUGGCUGAUGUGUCAAAGCCCUCAAAGAAGCCACAUGCUCCUUCCAGUAGAAAACCUGAGGGUGUUGAUUGCUUCCCUAAACUCAAGGAAAAACGGAAGAUAGAAGAAUUAUCAGAUAAAGGAGAAUUUGUUGAAAAAGAUCAGUCACAUCAAAUGAGGAGCAGUGUAGGGGUUGAUCAUGAUAACCUGAGAGCAUCAAAGAAAAUGAAGAAAGAAUCCAAGCAUCAGCCCUUUGAGUAUGAGAUAAGCAAAUGUAGUCCUCCUGCCAAUUUGACUCUAAAAAACAUGCAGAAGCGUAGACAUAUUUCACCUUCAUCAGGUAAACAUUCUCAUGGUGAAAAUAAAGGUUUUUCAGAUGGGGUCAUUAAAACGUCCGAUACAGAAAAUUCUGGUCUUUCAGACUUAUCUAUUAAGAAGAGAAAAUUGAAACAAAGGCAGUCAAGCCAGCAUGAUCUUGACCUGGGGCAUAGUAAUACCGACAUAAAUGCAAAGCAAAAUAUUACUGAAACUAAUGUUGUGAAGAAAAAGCCCAGGCCAGAACUGAAGUUGUCAAAGACAGGUAGGACAGCCGCCCAUUCUAAAGGCACAGAUGCUGGAACUGAUGAUGAUAGAAUAUCUGCUCACAAUGAGUGUGUAAGUGAACAACGUCAAGAAAAUACCCGUUUGCAGUAUCCAUUGCUCUCUGAAAGCUCCACAAGGUGGAAUGUCUGUCAUGCACCAACGUCUACGGCUGCCACUUCGAGUUCAUCCAAGGUGUCUAACUCCCACAAGUGUAAAGCUGAUUUUCAGGAAACAAGGACCUCUCCUGUAGGGUCAGUUUCUUCCUCACCCUUGAGAACUUCUGAUAUGGAUCGACAUAGAAUCUAUUCACAGUCAAUUGCAGAAAAUGUGCAUUCUCAGGAGUCAGGGAAGAAAAGUUCUUCAUGCUCCAACAGAAACUAUGAUCUUGGGUCUGAUCCUAAUCAAGCUAAGUCUCAUGUUUCUGGUUUCCUUAACAGAGGCACAGGCCAUCAUAUUAAGAAUGAUAAGGACUUGCUGAGAGAUAAACAAGACUUGACGAAUGCAUGCCUCAUAAACAAGGGUUCUGGGCUCAGUAUUAAAAAUGUCCAGUUAAAUCCUGAACAUAAAGUUAACACAGAUGCCCUGCCAUUACAUGACAACCGUGGUCACAAGCAACCAACAGGCAGACAGAAUGAGAAAACACUGCCGCAUUUUGAUUCAAACCUAAGUGACGAAGCAAACUUGACUUAUGGGAAUGUUAAGCCUGAUAAAGGGAAUAUACCACAUAAUGACCUGAAAAUAAAUUCAUCUACAGUCAAAGGAAGCAAGCAGCAGCCAUCAUUAAACAACGCAUCAAAUGGUGAUGCCUCUUACAAGGCAAAGCAAAUAGAGAAGUCUGUUGUUGAAAAUUUGGAAACUAGGAAGCAAGUAACUCUGGGUGGCGAUGCUUCAGAUGUACCAAAUGCAUCUGUUCUACUGAAAGAAGCUCGAGAUUUGAAGCACUUGUCUAAACGCCUGAAGGCAAAAGGGGAUGACUUUGAGAGUACAAGCAUGUGCUUUGAGGCGGGUCUGAAAUUUCUCCAUGUUGCUUCUAUAUGGGAGGAUCCACCUGUUGAUAGCUCCAAGCAAGGGGAUUCUGUACAAGCUAUGAACCUAUAUUCUCAAACAGGAAACCUUUGUGGAUUCUGCGCUUCAGAAUUUGAGCGACUUAAGAAAGCGGCGAAUGCUGCAUUGGCAUAUAAAUGUGUGGAAGUGGCGUAUAUGAAGGCUGCAUUCUUUAAACAUCCAGGUGCAAUGAAAGAUAGACAUGCAUUGCAGGCAGCAUCUUUGAUGGUUCCUCCAGCUGAGUCUCCAUCAUCUUCUGCUUCAGAUAUUGAUAACUUAAAUAACCAGAGCACAGUUGCUAAGGCUGUUUCUGCAAGGGGUGUAUAUUCUCCUCAGAUUGCUAGCAAUCCCAUAUCUCGGAACAAUCAUCACUUGAUGGGAUUGCUUUCUUAUGCAGAUGACAUGAAUAGUGCAUUUGAGGGAACCAGAAAAUCACAAAAUUCAUGUUCUGCUUAUCUUUCUGGUAUUGGAAAGAAUAAGGUGAACGGUGCUCUUGUGAAGAAAGUACUUGAUUUCAGUUUUCGUGAUGUCAAGGGAUUGCUGCAACUAAUUCGUCAUUCAUUGGAGUCUAUCAACCAUGAAUGAAAGUGUUAAAUAGUAGGACGAGCAUACUUCCUGUGAGUAAAGAUCUAUUAUGGCAAUGUUGCUUUAGCAUUUGUGCUACAUUGGUACCUCCUCCAAUAUGAAUGUAGAGAUAAAACAAGAUUAGAGAGUAAAUGUCUGUGAAUGUACAGGAUUCACGCUUCCUUCUCUUGUGGGGUGAUCAUUUGGACCAGCGCAAGCUGCCAAAAUAUUUUUACCAAGUCUACUUUUGUUGCUUGGAAGUAUUUCUUGCUGAUGAUCAUUUGACUAGUGAAUUGGCAAAGGGUAUACCAAGAAUUAGUUUGCAGAUGUUAAUUGCUGCUACAUCCAAUAUUCUCGGUUUUCAUGUCCUGUGAGUGACCAAAUCCAAGUUUUGAAUGUGAAUCUAAUCUCCAUCUGUUGCAAUGUUCAAGGGCAUAAAGUCUCAUUUUUUUUAUUGGGCGCCAGUAUAAGCUUUAGGUCAGAACUCCAGUCCACAAGUCUCCCCACCUUUUACUGGUAUUCUGGCGAGGUACUGACAGUUUUGGAGAUGCACUGUGAGUGUCUAAUUUACAAAGUUACAGAGGUUUGAUGAGGAUUGUCUAACUUCAAUCGUUGGUGUAUAUAGGCCCUUUUAGCUGUUUCCUUAUUUCUCGAUACCUGUGUAUAUUAUAGGAGAAAAAGGAAGCAAUUUUGUCAUAAUUUUGGGUUAAUGAUUGUAAUUGUUCUGAUUGUCCUAUCCGAUUGUUUCGGUGCUUUGUAACUAUAAAUUAUUUUUAGUAUUUGAUUCAUUUUUUGUGAGGCUAAUCUAACAACAAAUGAUGAUGGCGCAAUCUGUUGCCAAUCUGAGUGUUGUUUGGGGUCCUGCUUGAGCCCUGCCAUUGUAACGGGGAAGUGAUGUAAAUGCCCGUGUUGCUAAUGAAAAGAGAGGUCUCGUUUCCAUUC